CGAAGCCCGCGAAAAUUCGAAGCAGAUUUUUGGAUUUUUCCUGAGUGAUAGUCAAGGAAGCACACAAGGAAGGCACAUUGCUUCUUUUGGCUAUUUAUGGUUGUCGAAAAGCUAAUGGGUAAAAGGUGCCAAGAUAAAAAUGGAUGAUUCAACUGAUUCAAUCAUAGAACUUCUGAAACAGAAGUUUCGGGCAAAAUGUAGAUUUCGAGCCUUAGUGAGAUAUGCCAUUUCCAACCUCUACUGGCUGAAAGAAGGCGUGCCGAUACUUAAAGCUGUUAGUGCAGCUACAAGUGAGCAAUAUGUUGAGCCUGUUAAAAAGUCAAAACUGGCCAAGAAAAUUAACUUCACGGAUAAAGUAUUGUUGAAUAAGCCAGCUGAAGAUCGAACAAUAGAAGAAAAUAGGUACUUGAACCGAUUAAUUGGGAAUUUAAAAUGCUUUCGGCGUUACCCUAAUUACGUAAAGAGACAACUAUCAGCCGUAACAUAUUUCAAAUACUACGGUCCCAAAAGGACUAUAAUCCGGGAAGGUCAGGAACCAAUGGCUACCUACUUCAUCAUCAGCGGUGAAGUGAAUGUCUAUAGGCGAGUAUGGGAUGGCCUGCUUGAAGUGUAUGAGUUGGAGAAAAUCACAACAUUGUCGGCGGGAGAUAUGUUCGGAGAAGUGGCUUUGUUGUACAAUAUUGCCAGGACGGCUACUUGCGUUACAGUUGGACACUGUGAACUACUGGUUAUGCACGCUGAAGACUUCAUGACGGUUUUGAAAGACUCACUCCAAAUUCAAUGGGAUAAUGUCAGACUGGCCAUGUCAGCAUUCACAUAUUUUCAGCGCUAUGAUGAACCUUCAAUACGAGAAGGUUGUAUCUCGGCAAAGCUACUCUGCUUCAAGCCGGGAGAUACUAUAUACGGAGACGGCAAGGGAUUCAAGACUUACGCCUACUUCGUCAUCUCUGGACGAUGUCAGAUGAUAGAGUCCCUACGGAUUGGAAAGAUGAAGAUUGACGGCCAAACUGUGUAUGGACUGUAUGAUAAUGUUUCUGAACCUGAAGUUGAACCGAAAGAGCAAGAAAUAAAUUUCGACAAAUAUUUCCAACGCUACGAGGGAAAACUUGCAAAGAGUUCUGAAUCGUCUUCAUCUGCCGACUCUACUAAAAACAGCCAGCCUGAUUUUGUGAAGAAGUAUAAUAAAUAUGUUCACAAGGAAGACGAGGAACUCAUAUGUUUGAGAAGUCCACACAUUAGCUAUGAAAAGCUGCUGAAAACUUCGUUUCGCGUGAGUGUUCUUCCCGAAGACCUGCACCGUGAACCCAGAGACAUGAAGACAUAUUUCAUGCAGGUGUGUCAGUUCACCACCGGCGCUAGUUUCGGCUUCGGUGAGAGCAUACGGGACCGGCGCAUCGUGGCGCUGACCGAGACGCGCUGCCUGCUGCUGCCACUCGUCUACUUAUACCAGAGAAAUACUGCUGGCAUAUGGACCAGGAUCCGACAUUACUUGGAUAGGAAGAUACCUAACAAGGAGAAGUUGUUCGAUGAUUUCUUCUUAGAAGUGGAAUGGAGUGAGUUUAAAGAGCCUAUAAUAGAGGACAUUGUGGCUCGCAGGUCUGCCGUGAACCACACCACCAUACACGAUGUUCCUUACGCUAUUAGGAUGGAGGAACUAGUUGAAUUUUAAGAUUAACAACCUAGAUUGUACUUAGUGUUUAAGUACUAAUUACGUAUAUGUACCUUCCUACCUAGUACUUAUAUGAUUGUGUCCUGCUUAUUAGAGUUUUUGGUUUCAUUCAGUGAAAAGGAUUUGAAUCACAGUUUGUGCAUCUAUUGGUUUAAAAGGAAUUUUAUGUGAACCAGGAGUAUUUUUAAGUUUAUGUUGUUUUUAUGUUCUAUAAUUUAACUUAUUAUGUUAUGAAUAAGAUACAACAUUUGGUUUUACCUAAAUAAUAUGCUUCAUAUUAUGUUUCUCUGAA